AUGUCGCUUCGGCCAGGAUACCACUCGAUCGUUUCUUCCGUCCAUAGUGCUAUUGGCACGACCUCUCGAGGCUGCUGCGAGUGGGGGAGAUAUCAUCGGAGGCAGGACCCCCUCUUCGAGCUAUCGAGUCGUAGCGCAAGCGUUGGAAGCAAUGAACGAGACACAACUGGCGCAGGAAUUGUGCCCUCUACUCCGGAUGUCGCAACGACGCCUGCUAAGACGGCUGCAGCGAUGAUGCCCGGCCGGCCUGCCGCACCGAGCUCGACCAAGCUUAGGACGAAGAUGCGCGUAGUCAAGCAAGACUUCCGCUUGCUUACCCCUGUGUUUCACGACCGUCGCUAUGUUUCGUCGUCACAGCAUGUCGCCGGUAGUCGGCCUUGUGCCGUCUGCUGGCCCCCUGCCCGGUUCACCAGGCUGGUCAAAACAGCAUUCUACGAGCAUGCCGCCUCUGGCUCGCAGGUCACGCUAGCCCGAGUGCUCAGUGAUCCUCGUGAGAUGCGGGACUGGCAGAUCCGGCACAUCGCACCACCUCAAGGUGAGCUCCUCGUUAACGGCGUGCUCACCCACUCGGAGCUCAAUACGACCUACAACAUGGCGAUGCUACGUCUGCCCGAAGGUUGUGCCUGGUAUGCCAUCGGUGUGGCGCGACUACCCUCUGUGCUUGACGAAGAGACACGUAUCGUUGGCCGACCGGCCUCUCUUCAGCGACUCGGCGCGUUUGCGAUCUUUCGUGACGCAAAGACAAAGGAGUUCAGUAUAUCGGGUCCGACUUUCGUUUUGCCGCUAGAUCAGACGAUGGUGCAUCCUGUCUGCUCGGAUAAUCCCUACGGGGCAGAGGACCCUCGACUAUCCUGGGACGACGCUCGUCGACCUCAACUCAUCUACGGCCGCGCACCCUCCGAUGAGACUCUCUGCAGAGACAUCGGUCUCGUGAGGGAUCUGAGAUCUUUGUGGCCUGGAUUGGCCGAAAUCCUGACAUCACCAGCCAUCGAUCAUACCGCGCCCGUCGAACUUGUCUUGCCCCAACAAAAUGUUCGUGAAAAGAACUGGCAGCUCCUGCCAACAUUUGCUGCCAACGGUCUACCCAUGGUCAGCUACUCGCUUUCGCCCCGAGCUGUUUUGAAGCCCGUCAACUUGACGUCAGUAUCGAUGCUGUUCGAGAAGCUAGAUGCAGGCUCUGACUGCGUCGGACAAGCCUUCUCCUCACAACUGGGCUAUCGCGACGAGAUCCACCAUGCUACUCAGAUAUCGCGUCUCACGCUAUGCCAUCGCGGAGGUUGCGAACCGAGCUCGUCCAACACCGUCUUGGUUGCUCUUGGUCACAUCCAACACCGCGGCUUUCUGACAUAUUCUCAAUUCGUCUAUCUGCUCAACGCAACCCGGCCUCACAAUGUGCUCUCCUGGGGGCCUACACGAAAAGUGACUGGAUACACCGACAACUUUGCAUACGCGUCCUCACUCAUUUUUGAGCCGAAGGAUGCCAGCUGGGCGGAUCAAUAUCACGAUCUCCUCACGCCCGGCCAUGGAUUUCUCGAUGACAGCGUCGUCAUCACGUAUAACCUGCAAGACCGUGCAAUGGCCUACAUUGAGACUACAGCUCAGGAUCUCUUGGCGAGUGUCUCGGACUGCAAUGCAUGA